CUUAUAAGCAAAAUCAGAGUCCUGUGCGCAGCAGACUAAUAAAGACUCCGUCGAUAAGCCCUAAAACCCCACGCCACUUUCUCUCUGUGAGCUCCGGCGAGAGCUCCGGACGGCGAUUCGCAGAAAUGAGCAGCUCAUCGGAUGAAGAAGAGCAGGCGAUGAGGAUUCCUCUGAGCCAGCGGCCGGGGUGGUCCGACGUGACUCCGGUCCCGCAGGACGACGGCCCCAACCCAGUGGUUCCCAUAGCUUACAAGGACGAUUUCGUCGAGACCAUGGACUAUUUCCGUGCCCUCUACUUCGCCGGCGAGCGCUCCCCACGCGCGCUUCAGCUCACCUCCGAGGCCAUCGACAUGAACGCUGGCAACUACACUGUGUGGCAUUUUAGACGUCUAAUACUUGAGGCACUUAAUGUUGACUUGCAUGAUGAAUUAAAGUUCGUUGAAGGCAUUGCCAAGAGUAAUCCCAAAAAUUAUCAGAUAUGGCAUCAUCGGCGAUGGGUUGCCCAGAAAUUGGGAGCUUAUGCUACUAGUAAGGAGCUUGAGUUCACCAGGAACAUACUUUCUCUUGAUGCUAAAAACUAUCAUGCCUGGUCCCAUAGGCAGUGGGUUCUUCAAGCACUGGGAGGGUGGGAAGAUGAACUUGAAUAUUGUCGGCAGCUUCUUGAAGAUGACAUUUUUAACAACUCUGCUUGGAAUCAGAGGUACUUUGUUGUAACAAGAUCUCCUUUACUUGGGGGCUUGGAGACCAUGAGGGAGUCUGAAGUAAAUUACACAAUUGAAGCCAUUGGAGCAAAUCCUGAGAACGAGAGCCCAUGGAGAUACCUGCGAGGUCUUUACAAGGGUGAUGAUCAAUUAUGGGUCAAUGAUCCCAAAGUGUCCUCUGUUUGUUUGAAGGUUCUGAAUUCCAAAACCAACUAUAUUUUUGCUCUGAGCACUCUUCUGGAUCUUCUCUGCCACCGUUUCAAACCAAACCAAGAGUUUGAAAAUGCUGUUGGUGCCCUGACAACUUCAGACUCUGCACCACAGUCGAGCUUUGCAGAAAUGGUUUGUUCUGUGCUGGUUUGCGUGGAUCCAAUGAGAGCAAAUUACUGGAAAUGGCGCAAAAGCAAGCUUCCUCCAGAUCAAUAAGUGAUUCAGUUUGGAUAUUGAGUGGCUUCUUGUAUGUUGUGAGAUUGCAGCGAUUUAAAUUUUUACUUACAUUAUUUACCAUAACUGUCUUCUGGGAAUGCCUUUCUGGUGCUGUUGAAAUCAUGGUAGAGGUUUGCAUCGUGCUGCUGCUUUUAUUACUUCUCUAUAAUGUUUAAAUGAAUGAGGACUUGCUUCUUGUUUUGGUUGCUGUUAAACUUCAUUUUGAAAAUUAUGUUCAAUUAAUCUCGAUUUAGUGUAACAAGAAGUCUUCCUUUGGAAAAGACAAUGUGACAAGUUAUUAUUAAUCCCAUGGCAAUCCAUCAUUCAGCUGUAA